AGGCCCGCGGCCGCCGGGACCCGCGGUCCACAGCAUGUCCUCCUCGGGCACAGCUGCGGAGGGAGAGGCAGCCCCCGCCCAGCCCGCGUCCGAAAAAGAGCCCGACAUGCCCGGCCUGAGAGAGCAAAGUGAAGAGGAGGACGAGGACGACGAGGAGGAGGAGGAAGAAAAGAAAGGAAAGAGCCUCAUUGUGGAAGGCAAGAGGGAGAAGAAGAAAGUAGAGAGGUUGACGAUGCAAGUCUCUUCCUUACAAAGAGAGCCGUUUACAAUCGCACAAGGAAAAGGGCAGAAACUUUGUGAAAUUGAAAGGAUACAUUUCUUUUUGAGUAAGAAGAAAACAGAUGAACUUAGAAAUCUCCAUAAACUGCUUUACAACAGACCAGGAACAGUGUCCUCAUUAAAGAAGAAUGUGGGUCAGUUCAGUGGCUUUCCAUUUGAAAAAGGAAGUAUCCAAUAUAAAAAGAAGGAAGAAAUGUUGAAAAAAUUUAGAAAUGCCAUGUUAAAGAGCAUCUGCGAGGUUCUUGACUUGGAGAGAUCGGGUGUAAAUAGUGAACUGGUGAAAAGAAUCUUGAAUUUUUUAAUGCAUCCAAAGCCUUCUGGCAAACCAUUGCCAAAAUCUAAGAAAAGUUCUAGCAAAGGCAACAAAAAGGAACGGAACAGUUCUGCGAUGGCCAGGAAAGCUAAGCAAACCAAAUGUCCUGAAAUCCUGUCAGAUGAAUCUAGCAGUGAUGAAGAGGAAAAGAAAAACAAAGAAGAGUCCUCAGAGGAUGAAGAUAAAGAGAGUGAAGAGGAGCCACCAAAAAAGACAUCCAAGAGAGAAAAGUCCAAACAGAAAGCGACUCCUAAAAGUAAAAAAUCUGUAAAAAGUGCUAAUGUUAAGAAGGCAGAUAGCAGUACCACCAAGAAGAAUCAAAAUAGUUCCAAAAAAGAAAGUGAAUCUGAGGAUAGUUCGGAUGAUGAACCUUUAAUUAAAAAAUUGAAGAAACCUCCUACAGAUGAAGAGUUAAAGGAAACAGUAAAGAAAUUAUUGGCCAGUGCUAACUUGGAGGAAGUCACAAUGAAGCAGAUUUGCAAAGAGGUCUCUAUCUUAAAGACAUAGUCACAUCUAUACAAAAUGAUUUCAAUAAUGUUCAGCCUGUCUGUAAUACUGAAAAAUCAGAAACAACCUAAAUGGCCUUCGAUAGGGAAAUGUUUAAACUGUACAUCCACACUUUUGGGAUACUGUGUAGCAGUUCAAAAGAACAUCGAAAAACCUUCCAGGUAUUUUCAAGUUUUUAAAACAGAGGUAUUUUCCUGUUAUGUAAAUACAGAAAGACUAUAUUGCCAUUGACACAUUUAUAUGUUUGUAUAUAAACUUAUUUCUAAAGAUCUGGAAGAAUAAUAGCAGACUGAUAGCUCGAUUCCUCUGAGAG